CUAUCUGAGUUGCCCGUGCAAAAUGUCAUUAAUUUGAAUUCCGUUGAUUAUAACAGACGCUUCAAGUGAAAAACUUUUUAUUUUAAUUUUCUAUAUUUUGUUUUGUUAUCGUUAAACAACUAUACCGAGUAAAUAUUUUGUUGCGCUAGUUAAGUUUUCAUUGCGUCGAUUAAUUACACUACAAAAAGAAUGGACCGACGUAAAUUACAUAAGGUCAACGGCCAAACAAUUGGAAAACAUCGACAAAUCUCUUCCAGAGCAAGAGCUAAUAAUAGAGCAGCUAAUCAAGAUGCACACCGCGAAAUGGAGCCAGAAGAGGUACCGGUCAAACUAUCCCGGUUGGAACGAAUGAAGUUGUGGCGUCUUGAGAGAGACGAAAAGAAGAAAGAAGAAGAACAAAAGAAGAAGAAACCGUUCGUUACGGUAGUGAAACGGGGCGUCUUUUUGGAUAAAACAAAUUACGCCGAAUUGAAUAAGCAGCGCAGAAAGCGACUUAAUACCACAAACGCUGGUCAAAAUUUGUCGGUUCAAGUGCAAAAUGAAGCUGUAACAUCUGACAAUAACGUUUCCAGACGUGAGCGAGGACUUAUCACAGAAACAGAAGUUAUUCGUACAGACAAUCAUACUGACAAUGCCGGAUUGCUAGCCAUUCCAGACGAUACGUCAGCGUUGAACAGCACUUUUGAAACUUCUGAAGCUACAGCCACUGUCGUUGAAAACGCAGACUCAGUUCAUAACGUUCAUUCUAUCGCAACUCCAGCCACAGGUGGUAAUGUGCUGAACGUUCCAAAUGUCACCCCUCAGUUGAACACCACUUUUGAGAUGGAAAAUUCGACCGAAGACAACGGAACGUCAGAAAUAAAUGAUAGUGAAAAUCAACCUGCUCGACCUUCAGCUGGUGAUGUUGACAUGCUCACCGUUCCAGAAAACACUUCUGUGUUAAACACUACCUUUGAGAUGCUGAAUUCGGUUGACAAUAACGGAGCUUCGGAACCAACGUCAAUGGAAGUAUCCAAUUUGUUAGCAAUCGUUAAAUCGGAAAAUGUUACUGGCGGAAGAAGACCGUCAAUCAAAUCGACGCCGAAGUCUGUUAAAUCGGAAAAUGUGACUGAAGGAAGAAGACCAACAAUCAAAUCGACUCCGAAGUCUGUUAAGUCAGAAAAUAUUCCUGAAGGAGAAACAUCAUCAGUCAAAUCUACACCGAAGUCCGUAUUGAGUACAUCGUUUACAUAUGUCAGUCCGUUUGUGACGAUUUCACGCGGAAAAGGAAGCGCACACAAAGAGGUUAGAGUUCGCGAAUCGUUUUACAAGCUAGAAUUAAGUCAGUCCAAGCACGAUUCUCCAGCGGUUCGUCGGAAUCGUGCGGCUGCGGACUAUUUCCGCGAACAAGUGAACAGCGAAACCAAUAGUCUCAUGCAGAAGGUUGAGUAUUGGACUAAAUACAAGGCUGAAAACGAUCACGUUGAUUCGGUCUAUGUGGACCAAAUUGAUGUCGCUAUUGGGCAAACUCGGUUGUUGAUCACCAAAAAAUUCAAUCAAUUUUUGGGAUUGUGUGACGAAUGCGAGAAAGGAACCAGUCAACCACCGGUACUUCCUAAGGAUCUUGAAGGUUUUUGGAGUAUGGUGUACAUUCAAGUUGAGAACUGCGGUCUACGGUUUCAAAAGCUAAUGACUUUACAAGAAAAUGACUGGGUCGAAGCGGAUCUCUUGCCAGUAAAGGUUAUUAAACAAACAAGAAAUAGGAAAGCAGCGAAGAAAGGUGGGGCUGCGUCCAGUGGAAUACAAAAAAUGAUUGAAGAAGCCAGACUCAAAAUGAAGGAGAGCAAAAUAGCUGCGACUGCUACAAGUUCAAGUAACACAGAUGGCGGCAACGGUUUUUCGAUGACACUACGUCAAACACCAGCGAGACUUUCGCUGUCGACCAUCAAAACACCGCGAAGUAUCAUAAAAGUGAAAACUCCCGGAGUAAAGCGUAGCACUAAAAGUGUGGCUUUCUCGUUCAUCGAAUCACCGACUGCGUCGCGUUCGUUGCGGGUCGCAGCUACACCGAACCCCAAAGUGAUUAAGCGUAGGGCCAGCACGAGUGGUGUGCCAUCGGAAAAGAAAGGUAUGACAACCGAUGGUGUUUCAGCAUUCCUGACCCCGAACAAUCGAAAAGUUUCAACAGCCCCAGCUACAUCAGCAGAUAGACGAUCUUCUCGCAGACUAUUCAGUAAUGUUGAGAACUAAUUUUUUGAUUCAAUUUUUUAUUUGCCGUUGAUUGAGCGAUUAAAUUUUGUGAUUAU